AUAAUAAAACAUUAACAUUAAUCUAUUUUCAUCAGGUGGAAGUAACAUUCAAAGUAUUCGCUGUGUCUGUAGAUUUCCUGAAAAAAGGUCGUUAGUAAAAUAAUUAUGAUAUAAAAUGUGCAUAUAGGAACUACUUAAACAGCGGAACUUGCGGUUUUACCCGGAACUUUACAACCGACGGACCAUGAAAACAAGCAGCUGAUCAAAUGAUCUCAGUUCUGUUUUAUCGUAAAUUCAAUUAAUUUAUUACAUUUCAGUACGUGUAUUUAGUAGGUUAUUGUUGACGUUAGUAUUGUCAUUAUCGUUUGUUAAUGCUCAGUCUCUAUAAACAUCGAAAACCAGUCAAUUUGGUGAUCUAAAGCAUCUAUAAUGACAUCUAAACCUACAUGUCUGAUUGUGGCCAGUGCUGCAUCUGCAGGAGUUUCAGCACGAUCUUUCCAUCAGUGUUUUCAUUUGUGCAGUUCAGUGUUUAACCUGCAGACAGCGACACCUGGCGGGAAGCCCAUCGACUUUGCCGGUGUGGAUGACAGCACAGCCCGCUGGGUGCAAGAGUUCAGCGUCAAACCCUACGCCAACCCGGCCAAGCUGGAGUCUAUCGAUGAGCCCGUGUGUGCUGUGGGACAGGGUGUAGCUGCUCUCUGCUGCGCUACAGAGGAACAGAAAUGGAUAUUUAGUGGCUACAGCAUGACUGGGCCCUCUGUGUUUGAGCUGGUACGUUCUCCUGAAUUUGCCAACCUGCCGCUGAUUGUGGAGGAUUUCAUCAAAGACAAUGGUGGAUCUUAUACAGUCUUCUGA